AUGUGGAACAGCAUCAUCGUCUCCGCCACGACUCAUGCAGCCAAACUUCUGCCAGCCGACGCUCUCGCAACCAUGUUGGCCUGCCAGAGCACCUGCAGAUCCUCCGCGCCCGCAUCAUUGCGCUUGAGAGCUGCUCGCCGUCGGUCGCACUCCGAACAGACACAGUCAGCAUCCGUCUUCCACCUUCUGCACCAUGCCGACUCUGCUCGAGCCUGGCCAUGA